UUUUUGGCUUAGGUAUUUCGCCGAGUCACCCGUUAUACUUUCGAAUGAAUCUCAGUUUCCUUUAACGAUAUAUCUGCAUUUUGAUUUAGUAAGAUAUACAUUUUUCGCAUUUUAAUUCAGAUAAGAACUGUAAACACAGCAUUUUACAAACGUGUGUCUAUAUACCCGUAUAACAACGGUUUACGAUUUUUUUCAUGAAAAAGGCAACAUCAUACACGUUGUGAUUAACAAGCUCUCUUCAAACGCAUGUUUGCUCUCCUUAUAUAUUACGAAUGUCGAGUUUUAAAUGCCAGAAAUUCACGAGACGCUUUUACGAUGCUUAUACCCUUAUCGUAUAAUAUGAUAAACUUUACGAUUAUAAUCAUCGCUAGAAUCGAGGUCAUAAUUAGAUUAGCUAAUAGCAAACAAAAAAAAUCUAUAUUUAGAUUAAUACGCAAAAAAAUGUUUUUUCAAUCGCUUGUAUACAAUUGUAAAACAACCAUCGCGUCGACUGUGAAACGGAUACGAGCUUUGGAAUUCGAUGUGUUCGGUGACGCCUGUUAUCUUUGAGGUACUCGCUCAAGCUCACACAUUAAUAACCUCGCGUCGUCUCUUCGCGUGUAUACGGCGCUUCAAUUGCACGACAGGUGUCAUUAUCGCGCGUCGAUGACAUUAUACACUCGAUAAGGUGACGAAAAUGACGUAACGCUAUUUGCGGUGCAAGAAAUUCAUUUAUCAGGAGAACAUAAUUUCCGAAAUAUUUUAUAGUUCCAUUUCGCCGUUGAUUUCUCUUAUGCAUCAAAUCUAAAUGGAAAAAAAGGCGAAAUUGCUAAGUUUCGCGUUUCUAUUGCAUAAAACUCCGAUUACAUGACUCGUGGAAAUGAACGUUUACCGCGCCUAUAUACUUUAACGAGACCUUCGAUCAACGUAACCCUUAUUGUGAGCUUUUCACGAAAAGCACUACCAAAGACCGGCCCUGACAUCCUCAAAAGCCAUCGAACGCUUCGUUUUAUUUGACAGUUUAUUUAUAGACCUUUCAUGGUUUUCAUUCUUUAAAAAAAUCCCAGCCUCGAAAAUCAAGCUAAAAAGCUCAACUUCAGCAAAGCUUACAAACGUCUCGCGAGACGCGACUCAAAUCCAUUGAACUCAAUCAAGCUCAAUUCGCUCCAAGGAAAACUAAUACAACUUGAUUUAUUAACGCGCGUAACGCUUGAUGUGUGUUAAGUAUCACUACGGAUCUGCGGAUAUGCUUGAUACCAUGACGCAAUUUUCGAAGUCCAGAUGGACGAUGAGUCGGCGUUUUUUUUUUUUCUUCGUUAAAUACUGACUCUGCUCUUAUCUAUGACCAGUUGUAAUGCUAUACUGUUAUUGUACGCUUUUCCGUUAGGAGCGAAGUUUUUACGAGAUUUUAAAAUGAUUGAAAAAUAGAAUAAAAGUGGUAUUCUUUUUCCGCUACUCAUCCCGCUUAUAUACUUUAUUUUUUGAAAUUUUUAUUCCAAGCGCGCACUAUCCGUCAAUGUUACGCGCCAAUAUCUUAUGUGCAGUUUCGCAAAACGCAUUAUCGAAGCUAAAUAUACUCGGAACACGCAUAUAUACUAUAUACAUAAAAGAGACAACGAAAUCGAUCUAUUCACUUUUAAAAUUCCCGCCACUAAUUUCGUCUGCUAUAGAUCCUAAAAAUUCGGCCUUUGUUUGUAAACAAACGUCGCCUCUCUCCCACGUGCUUCUAUAAUGACCAACAAAACGUAUAUACCCGCAUAUAACACCAACCCAGAUAACAGCACGUGCUGUCUCCACCGAGACUUGUUGUGCCGCACGGCGUGCUGUCCGUGUGCCGUCUCUGUGCUAUCAAGCGGGGACAUCUGGCGGGCGUUUUUUUGCAGAGCAUGCUCUUGACGUGCCGCACGUCGUGCUGUCACUGUGCCGUCCAGUUGCUGUCUCGACCUAGGGCGUCUGUACGCGACGGCACAGAGACUGCACAGCGACAGCACGCGUGCCGCGUGCUCAGAAUGUUGCAUUAUUAAUAAUUAUGGACUUUAAUUAGUAAAGAGCAUACAUUUAUUACUUUUUUUAUUCUCUCCAAACCGAAUUACAUUUAAACAUUAUUUUAUUACAUAAUUCUAAUUAUUAGCGAUGAUUAUUAGGUGCAAUUGUGCAUCAAAUUGUAAGAAGAGUUGUGGCUCAGAGGCUAGAGCUUCGGACUUCUGAUCCAAAGAUCGUGAGUUCCAGCCCUACACCCGGCAGAUUUUUUUUUCUUACAUAAAAUUUUUUUUAUACUAUAUAACAAAAUUUAUUAAUUAUUUAUGAUGUAGAUGCUUAGUUAUGCGUUCUAACUAAUUUUUAUUUAGCGUUAUUUUUAUAUGCGAUAAAAUCGCUCCCCGCCGGUAGCGUUUUCUGCUGGCACAGAGACGGCACAGAGACGGCACGUCGUGCUGUCUCGCCGUGCCGUCACGUGCCGUCUCUGUGCUGCGGCAGCUGGACGUCACGUGCUGUCGUGGAUGCCGCCUUCUCGUGCCGUCACGGGGACGUCUCUGUGCCGACACGUUGUUAUCUGGGAAAAAAAGACUCGAACAUCACUCUAUAAAUAUAUAGUUCGUGUCAUGUAUAUAUACCAUGUGUAUACAACAUGCGGUGCCGACGACGCGCAGGUGACGGAAAACAGCCGGCCGCGUCGAUCGAUUUUUUUCUUGACGACGACGCAGGUGACGGCCUACGCGCGGCAGGUGCUCUCUUCACUAUGAAACGCAAUAGUUAGCUAUACGGCGUAAACAUCCCAAAAAAACAGAAAUAUGGCGAAAAUGCGGUGGUUGUGACGUUUUACAAAAGUUAUCGCCGUGUCAGGUUAAUCGGGAAAUCCCAGUUAUUUAAGCCGAGCAUGAUUAUUGCAGAGCAGGAAGUUUAUCGGUUGGAAUUAUGGAAAUGAGGUAUGUGAUCAGCAGUUAUUCAUGGAAAAGGUUGUAGCAGGAACAACAUGGCAUUUUCCUUCAGAGCUGGUACCAACUGGUGCCAUGACUUUCCCAAACUUGCCAGGGAGUCUGGGUUCUACUUCAAUAUGCAUACGGCUAGAGUUCGAGUCGACUGGAAUCGCAUUAGUUCAAUAGAUAUAGAUCGAGUUAUAAGAGAACGUGAUUUUCAAACAGUGGACGAGAAUGUCAACAAUGUUAUCGAUUACUAUCUCGAGAGCGAGUAUGAUGUCAAGAUCUUAGAUCCCAAUUUUGUUAAACUCUUUCGCUUGGCUCAGUUGGCUGUCGAGUACCUUCUUUAUUGCAAGCAAUAUCUAGACCAGAGUGUUGUCAUUUUGAAGGAGGAACUGAAGUACAAAAUAGAAGAUAAUGUCAAGUUCAAAGAAGAAGUUGUCAGACUUCAAGAUACAGUCAAGGAGAUGAAAGAGAAACUCAAGGAAAAGAGCAAAGCUGCUGAUUUCAAGUCUGAUUCACAUGGGGAACUUCACAAGUGCCCACACUGCCCAAAGGCAUUCCUCUCGUCCUCCUUCGCAAACGCCCAUGUGAUGCGCCGCCACUCAAACCUCUCGGAAUUGGUCCAAUCCUCUCAGCAGCCAGUUCACGAGGAGUAUCGAGCCGAGACGGAAAAAUUGCACAACGAAAUCAAAACGUUAAAAGAACGAUUGAAUCAAACCGAACGCGUCAUUCGCAAUGAAUCUAGCAAGAUGAUAGCCCAGAAUGAAGCGUCUAAGCGGGAACGAAUGUUGAGUUCACUUGAAGAAGGAGACUCGUUGCACGAUGAUCAGUACAGGAGAUACCAAGAGGAGAUCAGUAAUUUGAAGGCUAUGCUUUUCACUGAGAUCAGAAAUAUCAAAAGGAAGGACAACAACUUCAACUCGCAGGACAAUGAGAUCAAUCACGAGAGUAUAAAAGAGCUGGUUAAUCAGCAGGAGAAUGAAAUUCAGAGACUGAAAAAUCAAUUACAGGAGCAUCUGACGUCAAACGCAAACGAAGUACAAAGUAAACUAGUCAAGCAGGAGGACUACUGGAAGGCCAAAAUCGACCAGCUAGAGAACCAGCACCGCAACGACAUCGAGAAUCUAUUCACUCAGCUGAAACUUACCCAAGAGUCCGCCAACCACAUGAAGUCCGAGUACGAGGAGAAGGUCAGCUUUCUGGAAAAGCAGUCAUUGGAUCAAUCAAAACUACUCAACGCACAAAGCGAGCAGCUGAAUAAUUUAACGAAAGGAAUGUUGGAUAGCCAAAAUAACAAGAGGGUGCAAAACGAGCAACUGGAUAAUUCAACGAAAGGAUCACUAGAUAGUCAUAAUAAUAAGAGAACUGUGGAGAAUGUCUCUGACGUUCCCAAGUAUCAUAAGCAGAGAAUGGAAAGUCUGACCGAGGAUACGCUGGACAGCGAAUCAAACGCGGAAGUUAAUAAGAAGUAUACCAAAAAGGGAGAUGACAAGUCUCCCAGUAUAUUGAAAUCUAAUCAGAGCUACGUGAGGCUAUUGUCGACAAAGAAGCCCGAGGAGCCGAAAAAAACAAAGAGCCGAGAAGAGAUAGCCAAGGAAUCCAAUCUAUCGAAGUACAAGGAAAAGAAGCCCGAGAAAGUUACUCACAGAAAAAUCACCAAAGCGGGUAACAAAUACUCUUCUCUCGACGAGUCUGAUAACAGCGACGAAACUACUGCUACUGCAUCCGAAACAGAGUCGGAUGGGGAUAGCGACGAGGAGACGAGCGAGUCAUCCGCGACUCAUACCGAAAGCACCAACGAUGAGGCGCCAUCGGAAACUGAAUUGAAACCUGUUAAGGUCCAGAGAGAAUAUCAGAAUACGAGGAGACGCUCGUCCACGAUAUCGCUGGAAACUGUGAGGCAAGAUUUGCAGGAGAAUUUCGAAGGUAAACUGAGGGACUUAGGAAUUGACCCUGAAUGGGAUGGGAUACCCGCGGCGACUUUCAGACAGAAGAUGGAGAGCAUUGGACAUCAUCAGAACAUUUCUUCCAAGAAAUUCCCCAAAUAUGGACAGAUUAGGAAAAAGAUUCUUGAAGAAGUGACCAGGAGAAUAUCUGUCAACCAAAAAUCACCGAAGAGAUUCGAACUUGAAAAGAAGUCGUUUCUGAAUAAAGCAAUGAAAAAUGUCAAGUCGAAAGCUUUGAAAGCACUCAACGAAUUCAAAGUUCAAAAAGGCAACGAAACUUCAACGCCAGUCAUGAGCUCCAAGAACUCAACGCCUAGAGAGCCACAACCAAAGCGACGGUUCAGCUUGGAGUUACUACCAAAGAAACCAACACAACAAGACAUCCAAGAGAUAAAGCGGCAAACGAGACUCGAGUCAGCUCUAAAACAAAAACGAGACGAGCCACCCUCCAGGCCGAAAUCCGGCCUCCACGUCGAGGAAACCGUUCGCCAACAGGUGACGGAAACGCCUAAACGCACAAAGCUCCUGCAACGCUCGUACCAGAGCAUUGAGGAAUUUAUGAGGGACAUCGAUGACUCUCCGAAACUGGACAUGGCCAGCACCAAAGUCACAUCCACGCCGUCCAGAAAUGUGAAAAAUAUCCUGCAGGACACUUACAACGACUCCGACGGACACGUAACUAAGCAGGAUGCACUGUGGGCUUUAGCCUCACCAAAGAAUAACAAAAGCGUUUUGAAGUCGACAAAUGGGACUAUGAAUACUUUGGUGAAAAAGAAGGUGCUUUUUGACCUGGAAAAGGAGUAUAGUCCUGAUAGAGAGUCGACUGCGACGAAAUCUGUUGGAGAAUUUCUAGUAGAAGAGAGUAAUGGAAAGAAGGAGGGGAAUGACAGCGAUUGGAAUAUUUCGAGUCUCUCUGAUGAGAAAGAAAAGAUAACUGUGAAAGAAAAAAAUGCUAGCACCGAAAAUAUACAGCUGAAGACAUCACAGAGCGAAAAGAUCGCCGAAAUCUCCAGAAAAAUUCAAGAAAAGUUAGAAGCAUCGCGCAAAAAACCCGCCGGUUCCAUAGAGGCGAUGUUCUCGGCAAAGACGUUUUCCUCCAGCAACGAUAGACCCGAAAUGAUGCACCAAAGCUCCACGGACAUGCCCAGCUCUAUGCUGUCGAGUCCGUCUAGUCAUAUCGAGCCCAAACCUAGAAGCAGUACUAUUCCAGUGCCUCGACCUGCUCCUCGCAGGCAUAUGUUCGAAACCAAAGAUUCCGACCUGGAUAUGGACAUAGACGAUUUAUUAGCUAUUAAGUAAACUCAAAUGCUCAAAACUAGACGAAUUUCGCUAUUCAAGCAAUAGUUUUUCCAGUAUUAUUAAUUUUUAGAUAUUCUAAGAACAUAUCGACUCGCAUAUCGUGUUAAUUUACGGACUGGUAGAAUUGAUCUCAAAGCGUUGGCUCUAACGUAAUUUAAAUAAUUCGUUUAGCUUUUUUUAUAGCUAAAAUGAUUUCUAUUCAAUAUUACCAUAGCGCUGCUACAGUGAUUUAUCUUUAUCGACGUUUUUCACUUGUCCAACUAACACUCGCUUGUAAGAUUACUGUAAAACUUAACGAUCUACGCAGGUUAAAGAGACGCACACCUACUGAGAGAAUUAUCACAUCUGCUAUCUUCUGUACAUUCAUUGUUAUCUUCGUAUACCUGUGAGUAGAAAAAGAGGAACUGACUGCUAAUAACAUAUAUGUACUAACAGUGUUGCCAUGUAUUAUCCGUCCAAGAAAACUA